UUCCCUCCCUGCUCUCAUUGUUUGUGGCUCACUUUUUUUUUUGCUCUGCACCGCCGGGCGGAGAGAGACGGGUCAGAGGAAAAUGGCGGACGGUGUGGAUCACAUCGACAUCUACGCCGACGUAGAGGAGGAAUUUAGCCAGGAAGCCGACUACCCAGUUCACGAGCAGAUUGACCUGUAUGACGAUGUAAUAUCCCCAUCGGCCAACAAUGGUGACGCUCCAGAAGACCGUGAUUACCUGGACGCACUGCCUGCACCAGGUGGCACAGAGGGAGGGAAGAGCGCCCCGCCCAACGUGGUGUACACUUACACAGGCAAAAGGAUCGCCUUGUACAUAGGAAACCUCACAUGGUGGACGACAGAUGAGGACCUGACAGAAGCCAUCCGGUCGAUAGGCAUCACAGAUGUGCUGGAGAUCAAGUUCUUUGAAAACAGAGCCAACGGCCAGUCGAAAGGGUUUGCGCUGGUGUGCGUGGGCUCAGAGGCAUCAUCCAGGAAGUUAAUGGAGCUGUUGUCAAAGAGGGAGCUUCAUGGUCAGAAUCCCAUCGUCACACCGUGCAACAAACAGUCCCUGAGUCAGUUUGAGAUGCAGUCACGCAAAAGUACCCAGUCAGGCCAGAUGUCUGGGGAAGGUAAAGCCGGUCCCCCUGGUGCUGGUCCUCGUGGAGGUUUCCCCAUGGGUCGAGGCAGAGGCAGGUUCCCUGGACCACCUGGCCCCGGAGGAGACCGCUUCCCUGGCCCCGUUGGGCCUGGAGGGCCACCACCACACUUCCCUGGCUCGGGGAUGAGACCAGAUCUGAUUAGGCACCAAGAUGGCCCUCUGAUGGAUAUGAGUUUCAAUCCCUUCCCGCCGGGGGGCAGGAACGGGAGCUGGCGUGGCAGAGGUGGGAUGCAGGGUCCCCCACGUCCCCCUCCCGGUCCACCUGGUCCCCCUGGCCCUCCAGGACCUCCACCUCCUGGCCAGGGUCUCCCCCCUCCUCUCGCUGGUCCUCCAAAUCGUGGCGACAGGCCUCCUCCCCCUGUUCUCUUCCCUGGUCAGUUCGGUCAGCCUCCAAUGGGACCCCUCCCCCCAGGUCCUCCUCCUCCAGGUUACGGCCCUCCCCCUGGUCCCCCACCUCCUCAACAGGGCCCUCCACCCCCAGGACCAUUCCCUCCUCGCCCCCCAGGCCCAAUUGGGCCCCCCAUGGCUUUGGCUCCACCUCCACAUAUGCCAGGUCCACCACCGGGUGGACCACCCCCGGCACCCCAUGUCAACCCUGCGUUCUUCCCCCCACCUGGAAAUAACAACAUGCCCCCCAAUGACAGCCGAGGGCCCCCUGGACCAAAUGACCCAUAUGGACGCCCGCCUCCAUAUGAGAGAGGGGACUACGGUCCUGGAGGCCGGGAGAUGGAGGCAUCCCGGACGCCCCUGAGCGAGGCAGAGUUUGAGGAGAUCAUGAACAGGAACAGAGCUAUCUCCUCCAGCGCCAUAUCAAGAGCAGUGUCUGAUGCCAGUGCAGCUGACUAUGGCAGCGCUAUAGAGACUUUGGUGACAGCCAUCAGUCUGAUUAAGCAGUCCAAAGUUUCAGCAGACGACCGCUGUAAAGUCCUCAUCAGUUCCUUGCAGGACUGUCUCCACGGCAUUGAGUCAAAAAGCUAUGGUUCUGCCUCCAGGCGAGAGCGUUCCAGGGAACGAGACCACAGCCGCUCUAGAGAAAAGAGCCGACGUCACAAGUCCCGCAGUCGUGACCGGCAUGAGGACUAUUACAGAGAACGCAGCAGGGAGCGGGACCGCCAUCGCGAGAGGGACCGCGACCGAGACCGCGAAAGAGAGAGGGAGAGGGAGUACCGACAUCGCUAGACAGCAAGGGAGCUAACGAGGAUCAAGGAUGGAUGGAAGGAAAAGGAGGAUGAAUUUCAGUGCGCCACCACCUCCCCACCCUGCAUGACCGGAAAGGAUUACAACCACCAUCUCUUCCUCCUCCACCCCUCCAUCUCUCCUCUCCGUCUCCACCCAUCCUUCUUUCUGUCUGUUCAUCUUGUCUGCCUGACUAAGAGCAGUGGAUGGAAGACCCUGACCUGUGUAAGGCUAUGUUAUCUAAACAUCUAUACUCGUGGUAACUAAAGAUGAAAGAAAAAACUUUCCAAACAGCUCUUUUAUUUUUACAAUGUUUUAUUUGACAUGAACAUGACUACUUGUGAUGCUUUUUUUGCAAAUAAAUAAUAAAAAUGCCCCUCACAAUUCCUGCUUAGACACAAACAUUACAUCCACUUUUUUUUAUUUUUCCUUGGCUCGCUGUACUGUGUACAUUCGAUUUAGAGAUCAGUUUUUAUAGGGUACAUAUUUGAUGUUUUCUCCCUACCCCUCCCUCUCAUUCUCAUUUAUUCUUUUCAUAGUUAGUAUGUUUGUAAAUGUUUCUCUGCUUUUGAUUAAAAACUAGAUGGUGUUGUAAUAAAAAAUGUUUACUGAGGUACUCGAUGCAUUCAGUGAAUUCCUCUACAUGUUUGGCUCAUUUAUAUUAAAUGUAUGUUUUGGACUUCAAA